CCAGAGAGCUCGGCGGCUCUCUGCUCGGAGCUCGGCCUCUUCAACAACAACAACAACAACAUGGACUCCAGCACCAAGGUUCCGCCCCGUUCCAGCUCCACAGGCCCGGCACCUGGCGAGACUAAGCCCAAAACAGAUGGUAAGAAUAAUGGAGGCUCCAAGCGCUACAGUCGAAAGCGCGAGCCCUCCUUCCCCAAAGCCGACAGUUUCCCCGCCGGCCCUCGCCGCACCAGUUCACAGAAAAGCAAGAAUUUUGACAAGAGACCGUCUCAGAGAGGCGGGCGACAGUAUGGAGCUACAGGUGGAGGACGACGUGAGGAGGUAGCAGAGACGCGCCGGGCCGAGUUUAGCCCGGCUCAGUUUGCUGGACCGAAGAAGAUCAGCCUGAACCACCUGCUGAACUUCACCUUUGAACCUCGUGGAGGCAGCGGCGUCGGAGACGUCGGACACUCCUACUGGGGACGCCGAAACAAAUGGGGCCACAAGCACAAGCCCUUCAACAAGGAGCUCUUCCUGCAGGCCAAUUGCCAGUUUGUGGUGACGGAUGAUCAGGACUACAAGGCUCACUUCACUGAUCCAGACACGCUGGUCAACUGGGACUGUGUGCAGCAAGUGCGCAUCUACAGCCACGAGGUGCCGUCCUGCCCCAUCUGCCUCUACCCGCCUCUGGCAGCCCGCAUCACGCGGUGCGGACACAUCUUCUGCUGGCCCUGCAUGCUGCACUACCUCUCUCUGAGCGACAAGAGCUGGUCCAAGUGCCCCAUCUGCUACGAGGCCGUGCACACCGCCGACCUCAAGAGUGUGGUCGCUAUGGAGACCAGGCAGUACGUGGCGGGCGACGUCAUCACCAUGCGCCUGAUGCGCAGAGAAAAGGGCUCUCUGGUGGCCAUGCCGAGCUCGCAGUGGGUGAAGGUCGAGGAGCCCGUUCGCUUCGGAGACGCGUGCCUCAGCCCGUACUCCAAGCUGCUGCUCACCUCGCCGGCUCAGGUCCUCAGCCUGGUGUCGGAGGAGAAGGCCGUCCUGCAGGCUCAGCUCAGCCAGGAAGAGGACGCCCAGGGCUGCUUCAUCCAGAGCGCCCUCUGUCUCUUACAGGAGCGUGAGGAGGCGCUGCUGAAGCAGCAGAAGGUGAACGCCGUGGACGGCCUCGACGUCUCCGCUCUGACUCUGGAUGAAGCUCCUCCGCCUCCCGUGGAGGACGUGGUUACCAACAUCAGCAGCAGCACCAAGCCGGUGCUGCAGUACUCGUCUGCAUUCGAUGACGAGGUGGCUGAAGUCCCGGAGGACGCCGCAGAGCUGCCCGGAUUCCCUGAAGGCGUUUUGGAGUGCGUGCUGGAGGAGUCUCCAGAGGCCGCAGAGCCCCAGCCCGAUGAGGAGAGCCCGGCCACCCAAGCAGAGCCGGGCCGGCCCUCCACCGGAGUGGUGCACGGACCCUACUACUAUUUCUACCAAGCUGACGACUGCCAGCAGAUGUUCCUGCAUCCUGUGAAUGUACGCUGCCUGCUGAGAGAGUACGGCAGCCUGGAGGCCAGCCCUGACUCCAUCACCGCCACGGUGGUGGAGAUCGUCGGACACACGGUCACUGAGGAGAUCCGUCGUCGUCAUCGUUAUCUGGCUCAUCUGCCGCUCACGUGCGAGUUCAGCAUCUGUGAGUUAUCUCUGCAGCCGCCGAUCAUCUCCAAGGAAACUCUGGACACCUUCGCAGACGACUUGGAGAAGAGGAAGCGUCUGAGGCAGAAGAAGGUGAGAGACGAGAAGCGCCGAGAGAAGAGGAUUGAAAUCGAGGAGAACAAGAAGCAGGGGAAGUAUCCUGAAGUCCACAUUGGGUUAGAGAACCUUCAUCAUUUCCCAGCGUUCGGCUCUCCGCCUUACAGCAGCAGCCCUCCAGUUCAACCCGACUUCACCUUCGCUCCACCUUCACCGCUCAGCAGCAGCCCCACGUCAGACGGGAUCACGUUCCCGAGUCUGAACGGUCAGAGCUCUUCACCUGUCGUGGGCAGCGUGGAGGACGACUCCCACUGUAUGUCCUUUGCACAGAUGCUCAGAGACGGGAAAGCCCGAGUUGAUGCUGGACCGAGGAUGACUCCAAAGAAAGAUAAUCUGCUCGCUCCUCCGGCGACGGCGGACAGCGACGGAGAGAGCGACGGGUCGGACCGGGUCCCCGUGCCGAGCUUCCAGAACUCGUUCAGCCAGGCCAUCGAGAAGGCCCUGCUGCAGCUGGACAACGGCGCCGCUUCUCCCCCGCAGCCUGCUGCGCUCGACCCGGACGAGCGAGGCGGGAAGAAGAAGAAGAAGAAGCAGAAGCUUCUGUUCAGCACGUCGAUGGUCCACACCAAGUAGACGACACUGAAGUUCAUUUAACCUCCUUUGAGUUGAUUUUCCCGCUCUCUCACUUCCCGCAGGUCUCUGUGGAGCUGUUGGAAAUCAGUUUUAGUGUGUAGCCAAAGCUCCCGCUGCUUCUAGUGUCCGCUCUGAGUUUGGUUUCCAUAUUUAUUCACCUCCUGUCGUCCUUCACGUGAUGUCCGGGUCGACUGCGCGGUGCUUUAUAUCGGAGGAGCAGUCAGCCAGCUGCAGAUACGUCGCACCUUUAAAUCUCUGCGGGACGCUCGGACGUCAUCCACCUGGAGCUUCAGCUUUAGACGAUGUUUUCAGUGUUUGUCGCAGAGUUCACGGGCCGACCGGUGCCGCUGAGAGGAAACACAGUAUUGUAUUAAAGAGAUUAAACAGAGCUCCAGUAUAUUCACCUGUCAGUCAUCUUCUGUUGUAGUUUACUAACCUUUAACAUCACACACACACACACACACACACACACACACACACACAGUUUGAUUUCAGUGUGUCGGCGUCGACGCGUUUCAGUGAAACUAAAAAACGUGUUUUUGUUGGAGGUUCUUUAAUUUGAGCAGUUUGGACUGAAGUCUGAUGAAAUGAAUAAAAUAUUAUGCACAAUCAAA